UGAGCGUCUCCAUUGUCUGGCCAGUAGCAGCAGCACCAGCAGCGGCGACGGCGGAGCGGAGGGGAGCGGAGCGCAGCGCCGUUGUGAGCGCAGGGGAGCUGCAUCACCGUGACCCCAAUCUCUGGGUAAAAGGGACCGCUGAUCGUAGACCACCGGACCCAACAGACAGAGCGGACGGCGACGUCAUAUAUAUAUAUAUUUUUCCAUCGACAGACCGUCAGUGUUUGGCGGUCAGACAGGUAGCAACAGUUGUCACGAUGUCUGAGAUCAGAUGAGGCCAGAGCGGCGGAGAGUACAUAGUGGCGCUGUUGUGAUUCGGGCCGGGUGGGUUAAACGCUUUGCUGCCGCGUCCCGCCUGCAAUGAUACAGCCGUCUUAAUCACCUCGGACGGCGAAGGGAGUGUUGUGUACAUCUGUUUGUCAUUCUGGGCUUUCGCCGUCGGUCUGCUCGUCAGCCAUCCCCGGUUGUGUCGAGAUUUUGUCUGCUGGUGAGGUGAAUCCAGACGUCAGGGGUGGCUCAUGUUCGGCUCAGCAGGGAAACGGGCUGUUGCGUCUGCAGAGAGUCAGAGCUGACGAGCCUGCUGAGACACACGGGCAGACAGACAGGAAGGCCGAGAGACAGACAGGAGCGAGGGGAGGGGGCGACAGCCUGUUUCGGCUCUCUCGACCCUUUGCGGAUCGAGCCGAGCCCCCUCCUGUUUCCACCCAGAACCCCCACCCAUUUGUCUCCCGCUUUGGAUGGGGGGAAAGCAGAGCACGGCGGGGCGGCCCCGGGGUGCUUUUCCCGGUGUCUCUACGGAUGACAGCGCUGUGCCACCCUCGGCCCACUUCGGCCACUACCGGCCGAGCGGCACCAUGGGCCUGCGAAGCCGUUCAGUGAGCUCUGUUGCCGGGAUGGGCAUCGAUCACAGUCCCGCCGUGCCCUUCGGCUUCUACACCCCUAGAGGGACGGACUCGGAUCGAGCUGGAGGGGGGUCAGGGGGUACUACAGCCGCCCCCCACGGUACCGGUUACCAGGACACUGGGGGCGGAGGGCAUCACACGGACGGGGUGCUCUAUCUGGGGUCCCGGGGGUCGCUGGCUGACGCCUUGCCCUUGCACAUCGCACCCCGCUGGUUCAGCGCGCACAGCGGUAAGGGCGGUCUACUUUGCGCGCGCACACACACACACACACACACACACACACGCAUUUGGGUGACGCUGAAGGAUUAAUCAUCAGAGAAAACCACAUAAAAAUGUAUUCCCACGGACGUCAGCUCCUACCAAGAGAUACCUACAAUCACGCACACCUUGUUUACCUGUAGGUCGGAAUGACACCAAUGCGGUGCCAUUAAAUUUCACUGCUAUGAAGGGACGUUUAGAAAGAAACAGACAGCUAGAAAACAGGAAAAGGCAGUUGACCUGUAUGUAAAACAAUAUGUUACCCUCAGGUUCUUACCCUGUGUUGGCUGAGGUGGGUAAAAUGCACAGUAACGGCAGAAAAAGAGGGGCCGUGGGCAGAUGUCAGCUUCUCCACAUUUAAUACUUGCCAUUUUUCUGUAAGAAAAUGUCUGACUCUAUUCUACAUCAUCAGUUAGUGAAUGCAACGUUACAGGGUGUGCUUCGUCUUGACUGUCCCCGCUGC